AGUGGCUGCUAUUUAUUUAUUUAUUUAUUUAUUUUUUUAUUAUUAUACUUUAAGUUUUAGGGUACAUGUGCACAUUGUGCAGGUUAGUUACAUAUGUAUACAUGUGCCAUGCUGGUGGUAUAUCUCCCAAUGCUAUCCCUCCCCCCUCCCCCCACCCCACAACAGUCCCCAGAGUGUGAUAUUCCCCUUCCUGUGUCCAUGUGAUCUCAUUGUUCAAUUCCCACCUAUGAGUGAGAAUAUGCGGUGUUUGGUUUUUUGUUCUUGCGAUAGUUUACUGAGAAUGAUGGUUUCCAAUUUCAUCCAUGUCCCUACAAAGGGCAUGAACUCGUCAUUUUUUAUGGCUGCAUAGUAUUCCAUGGUGUAUAUGUGCCACAUUUUCUUAAUCCAGUCUAUCAUUGUUGGACAUUUGGGUUGGUUCCAAGUCUUUGCUAUUGUGAAUAAUGCCGCAAUAAACAUACGUGUGCAUGUGUCUUUAUAGCAGCAUGAUUUAUAGUCCUUUGGGUAUAUACCCAGUAAUGGGAUGGCUGGGUCAAAUGGUAUUUCUAGUUCUAGAUCCCUGAGGAAUCGCCACACUGACUUCCACAAUGGUUGAACUAGUUUACAGUCCCACCAACAGUGUAAAAGUGUUCCUAUUUCUCCACAUCCUCUCCAGCACCUGUUGUUUCCUGACUUUUUAAUGAUUGCCAUUCUAACUGGUGUGAGAUGAUAUCUCAUAGUGGUUUUGAUUUGCAUUUCUCUGAUGGCCAGUGAUGAUGAGCAUUUUUUCAUGUGUUUUUUGGCUGCAUAAAUGUCUUCUUUUGAGAAGUGUCUGUUCAUGUCCUUCGCCCACUUUUUGAUGGGGUUGUUUGUUUUUUUCUUGUAAAUUUGUUUGAGUUCAUUGUAGAUUCUGGAUAUUAGCCCUUUGUCAGAUGAGUAGGUUGCGAAAAUUUUCUCCCAUGUUGUAGGUUGCCUGUUCACUCUGAUGGUAGUUUCUUUUGCUGUGCAGAAGCUCUUUAGUUUAAUUAGAUCCCAUUUGUCAAUUUUGGCUUUUGUUGCCAUUGCUUUUGGUGUUUUGGACAUGAAGUCCCUGCCCACGCCUAUGUCCUGAAUGGUAAUGCCUAGGUUUUCUUCUAGGGUUUUUAUGGUUUUAGGUCUAAGGUUUAAAUCUUUAAUCCAUCUUGAAUUGAUUUUUGUAUAAGGUGUAAGGAAGGGAUCCAGUUUCAGCUUUCUACAUAUGGCUAGCCAGUUUUCCCAGCACCAUUUAUUAAAUAGGGAAUCCUUUCCCCAUUGCUUGUUUUUCUCAGGUUUGUCAAAGAUCAGAUAGUUGUAGGUAUGCGGCGUUAUUUCUGAGGGCUCUGUUCUGUUCCAUUGAUCUAUAUCUCUGUUUUGGUACCAGUACCAUGCUGUUUUUGUUACUGUAGCCUUGUAGUAUAGUUUGAAGUCAGGUAGUGUGAUGCCUCCAGCUUUGUUCUUUUGGCUUAGGAUUGACUUGGCGAUGCGGGCUCUUUUUUGGUUCCAUAUGAACUUUAAAGUAGUUUUUUCCAAUUCUGUGAAGAAAGUCAUUGGUAGCUUGAUGGGGAUGGCAUUGAAUCUGUAAAUGACCUUGGGCAGUAUGGCCAUUUUCACGAUAUUGAUUCUUCCUACCCAUGAGCAUGGAAUGUUCUUCCAUUUGUUUGUAUCCUCUUUUAUUUCCUUGAGCAGUGGUUUGUAGUUCUCCUUGGUAAGCGGGAUGUCACUCAGGCCACGGGUAAAUUAUAUACAAGACUUUUCUUAUCAAAGAUCAUUAAAAUUUAGACCUAAAGGGAAACCUUGCCCCAAGGAAAUUCCCAAAGAAUCAAAAAAUACAGAAGUUUUAGUUUGGGAAGAAUGUGUGGCCAAUAGUGCGGUGAUAUUACAAAACAAUGAAUUCGGAACUAUUAUAGAUUGGGCACCUCGAGGUCAAUUCUACCACAAUUGCUCAGGACAAACUCAGUCGUGCCCAAGUACACAAGUGAGUCCAGCUGUUGAUAGUGACUUAACAGAAAGUUUAGACAAACAUAAGUAUAAAAAAUUACAGUCCUUCUACCCUUGGGAAUGGGGAGAAAAAGGAAUCUCUACCCCAAGACCAAAAAUAAUAAGUCCUGUUUCUGGUCCUGAACAUCCAGAAUUAUGGAGGCUUACUGUGGCCUCACACCACAUUAGAAUUUGGUCUGGAAAUCAAACUUUAGAAACAAGAGAUCGUAAGCCAUUUUAUACUAUCGACCUAAAUUCCAGUCUAACAGUUCCUUUACAAAGUUGCGUAAAGCCCCCUUAUAUGCUAGUUGUAGGAAAUAUAGUUAUUAAACCAGACUCCCAGACUAUAACCUGUGAAAAUUGUAGAUUGUUUACUUGCAUUGAUUCAACUUUUAAUUGGCAACACCGUAUUCUGCUGGUGAGAGCAAGAGAGGGCGUGUGGAUCCCUGUGUCCAUGGACCGACCGUGGGAGGCCUCGCCAUCCGUCCAUAUUUUGACUGAAGUAUUAAAAGGUGUUUUAAAUAGAUCCAAAAGAUUCAUUUUUACUUUAAUUGCAGUGAUUAUGGGAUUAAUUGCAGUCACAGCUACGGCUGCUGUGGCAGGAGUUGCAUUGCACUCUUCUGUUCAGUCGGUAAACUUUGUUAAUGAUUGGCAAAAAAAUUCUACAAGAUUGUGGAAUUCGCAAUCUAGUAUUGAUCAAAAAUUGGCAAAUCAAAUUAAUGAUCUUAGACAAACUGUCAUUUGGAUGGGAGACAGACUCAUGAGCUUAGAACAUCGUUUCCAGUUACAGUGUGACUGGAAUACGUCAGACUUUUGCAUUACACCCCAAAUUUAUAAUGAGUCUGAGCAUCACUGGGACAUGGUUAGACGCCAUCUACAGGGAAGAGAAGAUAAUCUCACUUUAGACAUUUCCAAAUUAAAAGAACAAAUUUUCGAAGCAUCAAAAGCCCAUUUAAAUCUGGUGCCAGGAACUGAGGCAAUUGCAGGAGUUGCUGAUGGCCUCGCAAAUCUUAACCCUGUCACUUGGGUUAAGACCAUCGGAAGUACUACGAUUAUAAAUCUCAUAUUAAUCCUUGUGUGCCUGUUUUGUCUGUUGUUAGUCUGCAGGUGUACCCAACAGCUCCGAAGAGACAGCGACCAUCGAGAACGGGCCAUGAUGACGAUGGCGGUUUUGUCGAAAAGAAAAGGGGGAAAUGUGGGGAAAAGCAAGAGAGAUCAGAUUGUUGCUGUGUCUGUGUAGAAAGAAGUAGACAUAGGAGACUCCAUUUUGUUAUGUACUAAGAAAAAUUCCUCUGCCUUGAGAUUCUGUUAAUCUAUAACCUUACCCCCAACCCCCUGCUCUCUGAAACAUGUGCUGUGUCAACUCAGAGUUAAAUGGAUUAAGGGCGGUGCAAGAUGUGCUUUGUUAAACAGAUGCUUGAAGGCAGCAUGCUCCUUAAGAGUCAUCACCACUCCCUAAUCUCAAGUACCCAGGGACACAAAAACUGCGGAAGGCCGCAGGGACCUCUGCCUAGGAAAGCCAGGUAUUGUCCAAGGUUUCUCCCCAUGUGAUAGUCUGAAAUAUGGCCUCGUGGGAAGGGAAAGACCUGACCGUCCCCCAGCCCGACACCCGUA